UACCUAGCCCCAGGUAUGCUACCUAGCCCCAGGUAUGCUACUGAGCCCCAGGUAUGCUACCUAGCCCCAGGUGUGCUACUGAGCCCCAGCUAUGCUACUGAGGUCAAGCUAUGCUACUGAGCCCCAGGUAUGCUACCCAGCCCCAGGUAUGCUACUGAGCACAAGCUAUGCUGCUGAGGUCCAGUAAUGCUCCCUAGCCCCAGGUAUGCUACCGAGGUCCAGGUAUUCUACCUAGCCCCAGGUAUGCUAUAGCCCCAGGUAUGCUACCUAGCCCUAGGUAUGCUACCAAGCCCCAGGUAUGCUACCGAGCCCCAGGUAUGCUACCGAGGACCAAGUAUGCUACUGAGGUCCAGCUAUGCAACUGAGCUCCAGGUAUGCUACUGAGCCCGUUAUUUUACUGAGAUCCAGUCAUGCUUCUGAACUCAACUCAGCUUUGACAUAUGCUAGCUAGCCUGACAGGGAUGCUAUUUUUAUCGCAGUCCACUGUUUGAAGCCAACAUACCUCAUAGCGUUUCCUUGUUCCUUCCCGCUUGUUCCUUCAGGGUUUUUUUACAGUUUCGUAUUUUCAGACACAACAUAUAUACGAUUUAUUUGUUUUUACUGUCGCUUGUCAUUAGAGUGGCAUGUCAUGAUUCAUAACACUAACUUUAGUGAAAAGAGAAAACAAUUUCUGCUUUAGAUAUUUUCGGAAUUGCUACUUUUUGUCGUUAAUAACGUAUUGUUUGGUUUCAUUUAUGUUUUCUGCAUGUUAUUUGUCUAUUGAAAUAUUAAAAAAGCAUGUAUAUGUUUGACUGGUUCUGUGCCUCAUUAUGCUUGACUUCCAUAAAGAUGCUUCUGCUUGUGUGUGUUGUUGGUUCACAUCUCCUCAGACCUGAAGGUCAAAGGGUGACACUUUACACCAAUCUCUGUCACUUCAUUCAUGCCUUCUGCUGUCAUGUGUUUCAAAUGACUAAUAAAGUCACUUAAAAGGGCACUCUGUUUGAAAUUCGCUGAUGAACUUAAGUACCUUUUUGUUUAAAAUUGCUUUAAUCUCUGUCUUUUUUGUCGCACAUUCAUUCUUACUCUUCCAUUGCAUUGACCUUCUGCUCUAUGAGCCACAGUUAUGCUUAUUCAUUUUAUACCCAUUGUUUUAUCAUCAUUUCACAAUCGCUUAUACUACUAAUUUCAUAUGUCCAUUUCAUCUUUUCAUGUCAUCAUCACUCUGAAGCGCUCUCCAUCUGAAGCCUCCAUCGUUGUUUGUGGCCCUCACUGACUCCUGUGUGUUGCUUCCUCCAGAGGAGGGCUAUGUGAAGAUGUUCUUAAAGGGCCGCCCGGUCACCAUGUUCAUGCCCAGAGACCAGGUGGAGCCCUACUGCCUGGAGGCCAAGGCCGACCUGCCUGGGAGCAAACUCAAGCUGGACUGGGUAUACGGUUACCGGGGCCGCGACUGCCGCUCCAACCUCUACCUGAUGCCCACCGGGGAGACGGUGUACUUCAUCGCCUCGGUGGUGGUGCUGUUCAACGUGGACGAGAGGCUGCAGAGACACUACACCGGGCACACGGACGACAUCAAAUGCCUGGCUGUUCAUCCUGACAAAAUCACCAUAGCAACCGGCCAGGUGGCGGGAACAUCGUGUGACGGCAAGCUGGCUCCUCACGUGCGUGUGUGGGACUCCGUCAGCCUCAACACGCUCCACGUUCUGGGCACCGGGUUCUUCGACCGGGGCGUGGCCUGCCUGGCCUUCUCCAAGUCGAACGGUGGAAACACGUUGUGUGUGGUGGACGACUCCAACGACCACGUCCUCUCCGCCUGGGACUGGCAGAGAGAGGACCGCCUGGCUGACGUCAAGUGCUCCAACGAGUCGAUGUUCGCUGCAGACUUCCACCCCACAGACAGCCACGUCAUCAUCACCUGCGGCAAGUCUCACCUCCACUUCUGGACCCUGGAGAAAGGCCUGCUGGUGAAGAAACAAGGACUGUUUGAGAAACAGGAGAAGCCCAAGUUCGUCAUCUGCGUGACGUUUGCAGAGAACGGAGACGCCAUCACCGGAGACUCCAGCGGCAACAUCCUGGUGUGGGGGAAAGGCACCAACCGUAUCAGCCAGGCGGUGCAGGGGGCCCACAGCGGCAGCAUCUUCGCCCUGUGCAUGCUGCGCAACGGCACCCUGGUCUCCGGGGGGAAGGACCGACGGCUGGUGUCCUGGAACAGCAGCUACCAGCAGAUCCAGAGUGUGGAGGUGCCCGAGCUGUUUGGACCAAUCAGAACCAUCGCUGAGGGCCGGGGGGAGAGCGUUCUCAUCGGAACCACCAAGAACUUUGUUCUCCAGGGCAGUCUGGACGGGGAGUUCACCCCCAUAACGCAGGGCCAUACUGAUGAGCUGUGGGGCCUGGCCGUCCAUCCCUCCAAGCCCGUCUUCCUGACCUGUGGCUAUGACAAGCAGGUCAGCCUCUGGGAGUCCCGCAGCCACCAGCCAAUCUGGACCAAGCAUCUGGACGAAUCUGCCCAGUCAGCCUGCUUCCACCCGUCUGGGAUGGUGGUUGCCGUGGGAACACACACGGGCAGGUGGCUGGUGCUGGACUCGGACUCCAAAGACCUGGUCACGGUCCACACAGACGGGAGCGAGCAGCUGUCCGUGAUGUGUUACGGCCCAGAUGGGAACUUCCUGGCCAUCGGUUCCCAUGACAACUAUAUCUACAUCUACGCCGUGGCGGAGCAGGGCAGGAAGUACAGCCGGGUCGGGAAGUGCUCGGGUCACUCUAGCUUCAUCACACACCUGGACUGGUCGGUGGACUCCCAGUACCUGGUGUCCAACUCUGGGGACUACGAGAUCCUCUACUGGAUUCCGUCGGUGUGUAAGCAGGUGGUGAGUGUGGAGACCACCAGAGACAUCACCUGGGGGACCAGCACCUGCUCCCUGGGCUUCGAGGUCUUCGGGCUGUGGCCGGACGGUUCUGAUGGGACUGACAUCAACGCUGUGUGCAGCUCCAAUGAGAAGAGCCUGCUGGCCACUGGGGACGACUUUGGGAAGGUCCACCUCUUCUCCUUCCCCUGCUCCCAGUUCCGGGCUCCCAGUCAUGCUUAUGGUGGCCACAGCAGUCAUGUGACCAACGUGAACUUCCUGUAUGAUGACAGCUUCCUGGUGUCGACGGGGGGGAAGGACAUGAGUGUGAUGCAGUGGAGGAUAGUCUGAGGACUCGGGCAGCAGACCUGUGACAGGCUGCCACCCUCCUCCUACUAGACCUUGCUCCUCACGUCUCCAGACCAGGAGAAUAAUAUCUGAACUGCACUAGAAGCCGACCAAACCAAACCCAAACGGAGACCACACACCAACCGGAGGAAGCAUGACUGAGCAGGGUCGCAGCGCGGGGACUGUGUGAACUGACCUGAGCACUGAGUUACGAUGAUGUGAAGUGAAAGCUGUGUGGAACUCAACUAAAAGGACGACUUGAAGAAAUCCGAGGUUUCCGCUAAAGAACAGAACUGGUGGAUUGUCGCGUUGCUUUAAAAAAUCCAGAAAUAAAAUAAACACAAAACACAUCGCUUCACUUUGCCGUAAAUGCUAAAUAUUUAUUUUAACAGUACUGUUAAAGUGACGUGAAACACGUAGUGAAUAGAAUUUAACAUGAGAACAAGGAUUUUUAUCCAACUAGCCAACAAAAAAACCAAAGGCUCAGAUUCAAACAGCAUUUGUAAGUAGUAAUAACGUUUAGCUAUUUGAUUUAGUGUCUCCCGUUGUAUGUUAUGAAGUCAAUAACUUCCUCUAUUGUCCCCAAUUAAUGGUUUAAUAUUGAGCAUAUUGGAGGAACCAAGUGCAGAGCAAAGUGAUUUUAAAUUAUUUUGUAUUUAACAACUCAGGAAAGCACUAAAGGAAGUUAAUAUUUUCUUGUUAAAGCCUUCUCUUGUCCAGGUACACCAACCCACCUUGGUAAAACACUAACCAACAUUGAAAUGUGGAUAUCACAUUCAUUUAUAUGUGAACAGUCGAAGAAUCUGCUCAGAUCUGCUCAAAUCCAAUAUUGUAAUAUUAUACUAAUAAUAGUUAGGAAUAAUUCAGUAUUUACUCUGUACCAAAUAAACCACUUGCAAUUCCCAUGUGAAUGAUAAAAUCAGUGGUUUGCAGCAUCUCAAUGGUUUUAUCCAAACCUUUUCCAAGUAGCAUGGCAUCAGUAAUAACAGAACACGUGCCUUCCUCAACUGUAAUCUGGAGAAGUCACAACUGUUUGUGCUUCUAAUUGAAUAACGAGACGGGCAUCUUUUAUCUGAAAUGAUACCGAGUCACAACCUAAACUGCCAAUUUGUUCUGUCAUGCGUGAUGAUGUGUAAAUAGACCGAAAGGCUUUACAGUUGAUCUAGUUGAACGGUGAAGAUGUAUUGUUUGAAAAGUAUCGUAACAUGCAUGAGGUUUGUUUGGUAUGUGUUUCUUUGUUUGUUUUUUUUACCAGGCACUUGAAUAGCCUCGAAGGCAGACGGGCAAGGCAGCGGGAAACUCAACCAAGCGCCUAUUAAGUUGUUCAGUAACUUGAUAUUGUAAAUUGUUCCCAAAUCCGUUUUCUACCUGAAGGCAUGUCUGGACGAGAGAGAUGACCUUUGCACUGUAACUUAACUUCUGAUGUGCUCUUCCGUCGUCCAAUCUCAGCUAAUAACACCAGAGAAACCUGGAGGUAUUUUUACUGGUCAACACUGCUUCUAAUGCUUCCAUUCAGAAACAUGACUUCUUCACACGACGAACAUGCAAAUGCAAAUAAACAAGCGCUUCUUGAAGGUU